CAUUUCCAUAAACCACUCUAGAACCCUUGAUCGAGAAAACCACAAAUUGAUCGGGGAAAAUGUCAAUGGCUCUGACUAUCAGAAAAGCCGCCGGAGCAUCGACACUGUUCAAAUUACUCAGCUCUAAAUCCAAAUUUACUACCGCCGCUCCUUCAAUCACACGCUUUUUUUCCUCCAUUACAACUGCAGAUUCAAAUUCCCUGAGCAAUGAGCAGAAAAACUCUACUGAGCCAAUUCUGGUGACGGGUUCUCCACAAGAAUUCAAGAUGGAGAACCCGUUUCAGUCAGCAGGACCGAAAGAGGUGCUAGAAGUGGAUACACUGAAGGAUGGUAUACUUGUGAGAGUGGCAAUGCCUAGCGUUGGUGAAGAUGGGAUUAAGGUCUGGUUAGAGAACAACACGGUUUACUUCACUGGCAAAGGAGACAUUGAAGUGGAAUCUGAGGAAUCAGGGAGGAAAUACGGAGGGAGUCUCGAGUUUAGCACUGAUUGCUGUAAAGCUGAGAAGGUUGAAGCACAAAUGAAAAAUGGUAUUCUUAGAAUGGUAAUUAAAGGUGAGAUGGGAGAAGAUUGAAUGUCUUAAGGUCUCUUUUUGUUCAUCUUGUUGAUAUAUCCUUUGUAGUAUGAAAACUUUGUACUAUUUUGGGAAAUGUUUGAUCAAAGGUCUGUACUACAUGAUGGUUGUUGGAUUACUCAAUUAGUAGGGAUCAAAUGCUUGCAAA